CUGGAAGAAAAAUAAGCAUUAUUCUUAAUUCUUUAAAUGCUUUAACUUUAUUUUAGCUUUUCUGUGUAAGUCGAUCAGUGAGGGAGGGGUGUGCCCCCCCCACCAACCCAGCACUAACAGGCUCCCCUCCCAUCUCUCCCGUGGCUCUUGCCUCUCCUCCGCCCUGCAGCAACUAGCUAGCUCCACGGCUGCCAGACAAUCCCAGGAAUGCGCUGGAAGAUGGCGGCCGGCUCCAGGGCACUGAAGAGUGGACUGCUGGAACUCAGCUCUCCCGCGGCUGGCGGGGACACUUGGCAGCGUGUCCUGGCCGUGCUCAGCGAAGACUGCUUCACCGUGAGCCCGGAAGAAGGCAGCGCUUCGCCCAGGGUGGGAGAUCGGGAGCGCGAGGCGCCGGGAGCAGCGUCGGGGGUGUUGAACGGGGAAGCGAGUCCUCUCGUGCCGGACUCCCUGGCUAACAUCAAGCGGACAGUGAGGAUCGUCAAGCAGGACGUCGGGGGGCUGGGGAUCAGCAUUAAAGGUGGAAAAGAAAACAAAAUGCCAAUUCUAAUCUCCAAGAUUUUCAAAGGACUGGCAGCAGACCAAACAGAAGCUCUUUAUGUCGGGGAUGCCAUUUUAUCUGUGAAUAACUAUGAUCUGCGGGAUGCAACACAUGAUGAGGCUGUGCAGGCUUUGAAAAAGACUGGGAAGGAAGUUGUGCUUGAAGUGAAAUACAUGAAAGAAGUGUCUGCAUAUUUCAAGAAUCCAUCUGCAAGUUCUCCAAUUAGUUGGGACUCUCCAGUUACUUCCCAUAAAACAGCCUCCCCUGUUCCAUCUGCUGGUGAUAGGAAAGAAGGAAAGAGUAUUCCCCUGAAAAUGUGCUAUGUAUCAAGAAAAGCUGUUCCUUCUGAUCCUGAAAAUAGGUACUUAGAGAUUGUGUCAUCAGAUGGCAUCCUUUCCUUGUUCCUGCGUGCAAAGGAUGCAGCUACUGCUCAGUCGUGGUACAGCGCUAUUCAGACCAAUGCUGCCUCCCUGCUGCCCAAAGUAAAAGAUGAACUGAGGGUUCUACUUGAAGGAUUAACAGUCUCAGAAAGUAAAGAAAUCAGAAACAUUGGCUGGCUCACAGAACAGCUCUUCAAUGAUGGAAGGAAGAAUGUACUUGCUCUUCUUACAGAGAAGGACCUUCUAUUUUACAACAGUUUGCCAAGAAGCAGUGAAGCACUGAACCAUCCAACCCACAACUACCCACUCAUAGCCACCAGACUUGUCCACUCUGGUCCCUCCAAAGGAUCUCCUCUGCACAAUACUGACUUAUCGUUUGCAUUACGGGUCGGUACUCGUCAAGGUGUUGAAACGCAUUUGUUCUGUGUUGAGACAAGCCACGACCUGUCUACAUGGACAAGACUACUUGUAGAAGGCUGUCACAGUGCCGCUGAACACAUGCAGGAGAUUUCAAUAGCAUGUACCUGGAAUACCAAAGGUUGCACUCUGCACGUACACAUUGACAAGGGCUUUACAAUAUACUCACAAGAGCCAGGCACCAACCAAACUGUUCUUCUUUACAAGCCAUUUGAGAAGUUACGAAUGUCUUCCGAUGACGGUUCUCGGUUGCUAUAUUUGGAUUUCGGUGGUCCAGAGGGAGAAAUUCAACUGGACCUUCACAUUUGUCCCAAACCAAUCGUUUUUAUCAUCCAUUCUUUCCUGUCUGCCAAAGUGACACGCUUGGGACUACUGGCAUAGACUUGGGCCAAACAAAGUUUGUUAAAAAAGGAUCUGAGGUGAUGAUCUGAAUACUUGGGUGUCUCUAAUAUGUAAUGAUAUAUAGACUUGAGACAGACAGAACUAAUUUAUGGAAAAUAAAUACACUUGGUGAUUUAUCCAAGCAUGCAAGAUGGAAUAAAAUCCCUUGUUCUGGAUUCUA